AUGUUUCUGGUGUAUACGACGCUUGAGGUCAAGCUUGGUACGAGUGCUAAGAGCGGAGUUUGUCCCGUCGGCGAUGGAAUGUGGCACUGCCUCAUGGCCCCAAAGGCCCAAACCUGUUCUCGCCACCGGCCAGUGUGCCAACUUGGUGCCAACUACGGUGUAAGUGAAGCGCCGCGCAGCUUUGACAGCCUCACUGCAAUUCACCGGGCCAUAAUGGCAUUUAUCUUUCAUUACGCUUCCCUUUCUAAAGUUCCACUUUCUGCCUUUGCUCCUCCACCACAUUGUUUCCCAAACAUGGAUUCACCAUUCUCUGAAAGCCCUAAAUCAAAGGACUCACCAAAGUUACCAGAUACCACUGACACGAUGUCACCUCCAACACAACACCCAGAUUUCUGGUUCUACGACGGGUCUAUCAUUCUCUCGGUCCACACCACCAUGUUCCGUGUCCAUCAGACAAUCCUAUCUAACCACUCCGAAUUCUUUGCUGGUCUUUUUACGGUACCUCAGCCAUCAGGAGAGGCUGUCAUCGAUGGGUGUCACGUCGUACCACUAUACGACAAGGUUGAAGAUGUCGUGGAUCUAUUAAAAGCAGUUUAUGACCCAUCCCACUUCGACAGCCUCCCACCAGAAGCAGAACUAGACCCCCUGCUGGACUUUAUAUCGGGCAUCCUCCACCUUAGCACCAAAUACGUCAUCCGUUCCCUCCGGCAACGCUGCAUCUCCCUCCUCUCAUCCAAAUUCCCCACCACAUUCAAAGCGUACAACACAAAAGUCGCUUCUAGCACCCACGAACGAUUCAAAUCAGACUCGGUCAUGCGUGCCAUCAACCUCGCUCGUGAGAACGAAGUCCUUGAAAUUUUACCUUAUGCAUACUACUGCGUCGCGCGCACAAAGGCUACCUGUCUCGUUGGCAGGGAACGCCUUCAAUGGGCAGAGAUGAGCAUGUCUCAUUCGUUCCUACUCGCUUUCCAGCGUUCCCCGCAGUGCCAGUCUCUGCUGUGCGCCCAUGCGAGAGGACCUCAUGCGGAAUGGCAUGUAUUGGAAGCUGCAAAGGCUCCGAACCCGCUUAGGCAGUAUACAAGGUGGUACCAGCUUAAUGUGUGUCCCGAGUGUGUGGCUCAUUGUCAGUCGGAGCAUUUGAAGGGGAGGAAGGAGGUGUGGGAUAAGUUGCCUGAUUUCUUUGAGAUGCCGACGUGGGACGAGUUGAAGUCGACAUAGGAUGCGUAGAUGUAUGUUUGGACAGGUAUGUCGCUGCUUCUGGAAUAGUGUAUCUAAUGUGUAUACAUACCCUCAUGUAAUUCUCUUUUCGGAAAUUCUUUUAGAUCGC